AUGUCGAGUCAGUCAAAGGAUUUCCUGAAAGAGGUGAAGGCAUCUUGGUCAGAACCUAUAAAGUGUACUUGUAUGUAUCAGUUGGUAAGGAAGUUAAAGAGGCUUAAACCAGUGUUGAAGCAAUUGAACAGACAUCAAUUUCCUGAUAUUCAACAGCAGAUGCAGCAGGUAAUGGUCUCUUUGCAGCAGAUUCAGGAAAGGGUUGGGCAGAAUCCAACUGACGAAAGUUUACAAAAAAGGGAAAGAGAAGAAUAUAAAAAUUAUAUUGCUGUGUGUAAAGCUCAUGAGAGUUUUAUAUAUCAGAAGGCCAAGGAGUUUUGGAAUAAGCAGAGUGAUUCCAAUAGUUCGUUCUUCCAUGCCAAAAUGAGGAUUCGAACUAUGAAGAAUCGUAUUUUAUCCUUUGUUAAUACUGAAGAGGAACUGGUGAGUGACUGGAAGUUAGUAGCUAAACACUUUGUUGGAUUCUAUCAAGCUCAGCUGGGGCAGACUAGUGUAAGGGAGGAAGCAGACCCUACUGUUUUCAACCAAGGGCCUAUACUGGACUGGAAGAAACAGCUUCUGUUAGUCAAGCAGGUUUCGCAGAAGGAGAUCAAACGAGCUUUGUGGGAUAUUCACAGUUGCAAAAGCCCGGGACCUGACAGGUUUGGGAGUGGAUUCUACAAGGAUGCCUGGGCAGUGGUGAAGGAGGAUGUAACCAAAGCUGUGAUGGAGUUUCUUGAAACAGGAGAACUGCUGAAACAGAAGUAUUUUGUGGAGGGGGAGAGGAUGUUUUGA